UGCAUGGAAUGUGAAUCAAUUGACGUAUUUUUAAUUUUUAAUUAAUAUAUUUGAAUUAGCGGUUAUAAAAACUGCUUGAAAACAAUUAGUAUAAGUUGUAGACGUAAAGGUUAUGUUAUCAUAUUAAGUAGUUACAGCAGUGUACAAAGUGUUGUCGCAUAACCGCAUUUAUUACAAAGGCGCUGGUUUUAAAAUAUAAUUAGGAAACCGUUAAUAUGUCGACAAUAAAAGAUUUAAAUUCACCAACCGAAAUGAAACUGAUUAACUCCACAGAAGAAGAAGAUGAUGGGAAAGUUCGGAUGAAGAAGGAACUAGGUCUUCUUGAAGGUGUAGCGAUAAUUUUAGGAAUUAUUUUAGGCUCAGGAAUUUUUAUUUCGCCGAAAGGUAUAACUGAAGAAGUAGAUGCACUAGGAACAUCUUUGGCUGUUUGGGUUGUAUGUGGCCUGUUAUCGAUGAUAGGAGCCCUGUGCUAUGCAGAAUUGGGGACUUCAAUACCAAAAUCUGGAGGUGACUAUGCCUACAUAUAUGAAGCUUUUGGGAACCUACCAAGUUUUUUAUACUUGUGGGCUGCUAAUUUAAUUUUUGUGCCUACAACAAAUGCUAUUAUGGCUUUAACUUUUGCAAAAUAUGUAAUCCAGCCAUUCUUCCCUGAUUGUGAUAUUCCUAAACACUCAGAUACCCUUAUAGCAGCAUCAACUUUAUGCUUUCUUACAUUCCUUAAUGGAUAUAAUGUCAAAGCAACUACAAGAUUGCAAAAUGUAUUUAUGUUUUGUAAAAUUGGGGCCGUCGUGUUAGUGAUCCUAGUAGGAAUAACCUGGAUGGGUAUGGGACACCUCGAAAAUUUUGCCAAUCCUUUUGAUGGUGGCACAACUAAUCCGGGUAAACUUGCCAAAGCUUUUUAUUCAGGGAUAUUUUCCUAUUCAGGCUGGAAUUACCUCAAUUUCAUGACAGAAGAAUUACAAAAUCCAUACGUAAAUCUUCCUAGAGCUAUUUUCAUAUCAAUUCCCUUAGUCACCCUUGUAUAUGUCUUGGCUAAUAUGUCUUAUUUAUCAGUCCUGACUCCUGAUUUGAUGAAAGCUUCUGAUGCUAUUGCAGUUACCUUUGGAAAUAAGUUAUUGGGAAAAGGUGCUUGGACAAUACCUGUGUUGGUCGCCAUAUCGGCCUUUGGAGGACUUAGCGUUCAUAUUAUGACAUCCUCUCGGAUGCUCUUUGUGGGAGCACGAAAUGGACAUUUCCCAGCUAUGUUAGCUCACCUUAAUUUAAAAACAUUGUCCCCUGUGCCUUCUCUUUUAUUCCUGAACUUGCUGUCGUUACUGAUGUUAUGUACCAGCGACAUACAAAGUCUAAUAACGUAUUGUACAAUAGUGGAGUCAUUUUUUGUGACGCUCUCCGUGUCGGGUCUUCUGUAUCUUCGAUGGAAGCAGCCCAAUAUGCAACGCCCCAUUAAAAUUCAUCUUAUCGUUCCAGUUACGUUCGUUAUUAUUUGUAUAUUCCUCUUAAUUUUGCCGUGUGUGGAAGCGCCGUACGUGGUCGGUAUUGGAACACUUAUAACCCUUUCGGGAAUACCGGCCUACUACGCAGGAGUAUUUUGGAAAAACAAGCCAAAAUGGUUCCGGGAGAUGAUGAAGACAUUAACAGAGCUGUGCCAAAGAGUUUGCUUCUCAUCGCACGAGGAUUGACAAACUUCGGAUUUUAAUGAUUAUAAACGUUACCAGUCUUUAACAAGUAUUUUAUUAUGAAACCCAAGUGCCUGUUUUUAAGUUGCAGCACUAAAAUAAUUGCUAAUAGGGUAAGAAUUUUUUAAUUUAUUUAAUUCAAGUCAGUAUUUUUUUUAUUAUUUUACUUGAUCAAUUGGGUAUUAGAAUAAAUACAAAAAUUCAUUUCUUUAUCCAGUUCUAUUGCAAUCAACAGUUAAGUAGUUAGAUUUGAACUUGUUUCUUUGAUAAGAAAAUUUAAUUUCAAAAAUCAGGUUGUGCUUUAAUGUUAAAUAAUGAACAAAACACCUAUUUAAUUACUUUC